CUUAGGAUCUGGGGAUAAAGUUGUGUAAUGUUUUUCAAAAUGUGCUGAUGCUACUAAUGGGAUAAGUCUGUUUACAAAAUCUCUGAGUAAAUUGAUAACUUUGAGAUUAAAUAAUUGAUUUUAUAUGAUAUACUGAUUUCCGAAAUGGAAAAGAAAAUACCUUCUGGACACUUAAUUGAGCCAUCAGUCAUGGAGACAGAUCAGCACCAAGAUUCAGCAGAGAAAGAGAAAGCCAAAAGUUUUCAUGUCAACAGGGACUUAAUACCUGUUGCACAGUUAGAUGACCAAGCAUUUGAUGAACUUAAAAACUUAGGACUAGAUGUAUUUAACCAAGAGGACUUUGAAGAAGGUGUUAUGGCACAAGUAGGAGAAGUGUUAGCAAAAGAAGAAGAAGAUAGAAACAAGAAAGUUUUAGAGAAGGAUCUAAGGGCUGUUGAAUUUGACAUAAAAAAUGUUGAAAAAGAGUUGAAGCAGGUAACCACAGUUUUAUCUUCCCUGAAUGCUGGCAUCACAUCUGCAUUUGUACAGAAAAGAUUGUUAACUGUAAAGAAACAGAAAGAAAAUAAGUCAAACCAAUUGAUGACUUUGAAAGCAAAAGAGAAAUCUUUGAAGAAGAAGCUAGGACUCAACACUGAGGAGUCUGAGGAAGAGGAGGAAGGGGAAAUAACUGAUGAACAACCUGACUUAAAUAAAGUCUUAGGACUUUCAAAGACAUCAUCAGACGAAACAGAACAAGAAAGAAUGAUCAGAACAGGGGAGAUGACUCCGUUUGGUACAAUUGUUCCUGCAGAUGGAUCAUCAGAUAAGAAAACCAAUACUAGAGAGGAAAAGAAAAUGGCAGCCAUCAUGAAGGCAUUUGAAAAGAUGGACAAGAACCAGAAAAGGAAAAGACAAUCCCUUAUUAGUCAAUUACCAAGGAGAGAGAGUUCUGAGAUUGAAGAGGACAGUAAAAAUAUAAUUCCUGAUAAGAAAGGAAGGAGGAAAGCACGCAGUGACGAAGAAGGAUCUUUGUCUCCCUCCAAGUCUCCCAGAUCACUAGUAAAGAGCAAGUCAGAUGGAGCAAUGGAUAAAAGACUAUGUAAAAUGGAAGACCUUCAAGAUUAUGAAGCCUGUGAUGAUGAUGACGAUGAUGAUGAUGAAGGGGAUGAAUACAAGCCAGAUUUCAAAGAACAGUCAGAGAGUGAAGACAGCGGUCUUGAAAAUACAGAAAAAAAGAAAAAGUUGAAGAAGAGGAUACCAAUAAAACCAAGGAGACCUCCAAAGUACAUAGAUUCUGAUGAGGAAAAACAGGACAAAGAAGAUGGAGGAAAACAGAAACUAAGUCGAGAAAAAUCAUUGAGAACAACUGAUGAUGGAGAUGAAUAUUCUUUUGACAAGAGGAUACGUGAUUUUGACAAGGCAGAGAGGAAGAAACAAGACCUGAGAGCAGCAGGUGAAUUAUCUGAAUCAGAGGAGGAUGAGGAGAUGGAAGGAGGGUUUAAAGUCCCUGGGAGGAUAUGGUCUAAACUCUUCAAGUACCAGAAAGUUGGAGUAAAGUGGUUAUGGGAGUUACAUUGUCAACAAGCUGGUGGAAUUAUUGGAGAUGAAAUGGGACUGGGAAAAACUAUACAAGCUAUAGGAUUUCUAGCUGGUCUACGUCAGAGUAAAAUCAGGGACAAACAUUUUUUGUUUAGAGGACUAGGUCCUACCAUAAUAGUCACCCCAACUACAGUCAUGCAUCAGUGGGUUAAAGAAUUCCAUAAAUGGUGGCCAUUGUUUAGAGUUGCUAUACUCCAUUCAUCUGGAUCUUACACAUGUAAAGAGGCAGAACUAAUAAGGACUAUAGUAAAAGAGAAUGGUGUAUUGGUUACAUCCUACAGUACUUUGGUAAUUCACCAGGAACUAAUCAUAUCAUAUAACUGGCAUUAUGUCAUCCUGGACGAGGGACAUAAAAUCAGAAAUCCUGAUGCACAGGCUACAUUGGCUGUAAAACAGAUUAAAUCACCUCACAGAAUAAUCCUGUCUGGAUCUCCUAUCCAGAAUAACCUGAAAGAGUUGUGGUCCUUGUUUGAUUUUAUCUUUCCUGGAAAACUUGGUACUCUGCCAGAUUUCAUGUCACACUUUGCCGUACCCAUUGUUCAAGGUGGAUAUUCUAAUGCUUCACAACAACAGGUUCAAACUGCAUAUAAAUGUGCUUGUGUACUGAGAGAUACCAUCAACCCCUACAUGAUCAGGAGGAUGAAAGCUGAUCUGAAGAUUAAUCUACCUAGUAAAAACGAACAGGUGCUGUUUUGUAGAUUGACACAGGAACAGAGAGAGACAUACAUGGAAUACUUAUCAUCUAGAGAAUGUCAGUCUAUAUUGUCAGGGAAAUAUCAGAUCUUCUCAGGAUUAAUCACACUACGUAAAAUCUGUAACCAUCCAGACAUAUGUACUGGUGGACCCAAGUUAUACAUAGGAGAGACUCCAGGGAAUGAUGAGACUUUAGAAUAUGGAUACUACAAAAGAUCUGGGAAGAUGAUAGUUGUAGAGGCAUUAUUGAGACUGUGGAAGAAGCAAGGUCAUAAAGUUCUGCUUUUCUCACAAAGUACUGUUAUGUUAGACAUCUUGGAAAGAUUUAUAUCCAAACCUAAAUACAGCUACCUUAGAAUGGAUGGUUCAACCCCCAUAUCUUCCAGACAGCCACUUGUAAACCAAUUCAACAAGGAUGAUUCCAUAUUCAUGUUCUUACUGACAACCAGAGUAGGUGGUCUUGGUGUUAACUUAACAGGUGCUAACAGAGUCAUCAUCUUUGACCCCGAUUGGAACCCCAGUACUGAUACUCAGGCAAGGGAGAGAACUUGGAGAAUUGGUCAGACUAGACAGGUUACAGUCUAUAGACUGGUAACUACAGGGACCAUAGAGGAGAAAAUAUAUCACAGACAAAUCUUCAAACAGUUUCUAACUAACCGAGUCUUAAAAGAUCCCAAACAAAGAAGAUUUUUCAAAGCAAAUGACUUAUAUGAGUUGUUUGAUUUGAAUGUUGACUGUAAGGAAGGAACUGAGACAGGUGCCCUGUUUGCUGGUACUGGAUCAGAGGUAAACAAAGCUGAGGUAAGGAGGAGAGUCAAACAACACAAGCUCAACAGAUUUGACCUCAUGAAAGAAAAACAAGAAAAACUGAAAGCACAAAAAGAAAGUGAAAGUAAAGAAGCUGCAAAGGCUGACAUUGAUAUGGAAGAUGUCAAGAAAAAUUUUGAUGAAGAUGAGGUCAACAGAAUGAAGGAGAUAGCUAAGAGACUAAGUCAACAGAUUAUGACUGGGAUGUUUAAAAAGUCAGAUGAAACGAAAAAGUCAGAUGAAACAAAAGAUGAAAGUUGUAAAGAUAAAGAAAAAUCUGAAGGCAAUUUAAAUGGAUCUUGUUCAAUGAAAGCAAAUCCAGAGGAAAUAAAGAACAAUGUUAUUGAUUGUGGGGAGGAAUGUAGUGAAACUAUUGAUCUGUCACAAAACCACUCAGGAACUGUUAAUGAUGAUGAACAACCAAGUACUUCUAAAUCUUCUUUAUCAGUUGGAAGUAAAACAACCUGCAUGCUAAAAGAUAUGUUAGUAGCUGGUAAACAAAGUGAUUUGGAUACAAAACAUAAACAUUCUUCUUCUAGUGUUGACCGCCAUAAAUCUCAUAGAGAACAUUCCCAAAGUCAUUUCCAUGGGAAAGGUAAACACAAAGUGUCUCAUGGAGAGCAUAAACAUAGUGAUUCUCAUGGACAGCAAUCUCAUAGAAAGCAUAGUAGCUCUAGCAGUCCUCAUAAACACAGACAUUCCUCUGAAAAUGGAAAGGACAGACACAGAAAAGAUAAGAAAAGACGAAAGGAUGCAAAGUGUGAAGGAGAAAGGAUUCCUAACCUGGUUAAGAGUGACAGUUACACACCAGCAGCAGACGCUGACCAGGAGGAAAUAGAUAGAGAGAAGGAACAUGCUGCACAGGAUGAUUACGUCCUUCAGAAACUCUUCAAGAAAAAUGGUAUACAAGGUGCUUUGAAACAUGAUGUGAUUAUGGACCCUAGUAAACAUGACUAUAUGAUAGUUGAGGCUGAGGCUGAUAGGGUUGCUACAGAGGCUGUAAAAGCUCUUAAAAGGUCAAGAUCACAGUGUCUAGGUGCAAUGUCUGGUGUGCCAAACUGGACUGGGAAUCAUGGGACCAUGGCUAAAAAACCAAGAUUUGGACAGAAGAAAAAUAGCCAGUUACUUGAAACUGCAUCAUCUGAUCUCCAAAAAAUUAAGAAGAUUGAAAAGGGUGAAUUUUCUGGUGAAAAGAGUCUCUUUGAUGGUACUAAGGCAGGAAAUGUUGUCAUUAAUACAGAUACUGGUUCUUCUGCUCCUGAGGUCAUGACCUCAGAUGAACUUUUAACGCGAAUGAGAAGGAGAAAUGUAGUCAGUGGUAAUUCAACUGCUACUAUGUCUACUGGUGCUGAAAACAAUGAAGAAACCCAACAAGAUGACGAUUUGUCGACUCCAAUAGUAGACGACGAUUCAUACAAACUUAUAACGGAAAUCAGAAAUUUUAUCAUGUUUGAAUGUCAGACGAUGUGUAAGGGAACAACUCAGGAAAUUUUAAAUGAAUUUGGACCAAGAUUACCUCCCGCUGAAACAGCGAAAUUCAAAUCAAUGUUGAAAUCUAUCUGUGACUUUGACAAAGUGGAUGGAACCGGAUACUGGAAACUGAAAAAUUCAUUCAGAUGAUAUGAUUGUGUUUGUUAAGUUUGUAAAUAAAUGAAUUCCCAAAAGGCAGCAUUUUAAAUGUAUAAAGCAGCAGAAAUGAACAAAAUAAUUGUUAUGAAACCAGUGAUCACUGAAAUCAUUUGAAUUUUAUGUGUGAUUAAAAAAGGUUGUGCCAUAUAAAAUUUAAAUUUUAUUUCAUUUGUAGGCAUCAACAUGUAAUAAAUACAACUAAAACUUCUUGCACCAUUGUUUUUCCUGUUUCAACUGGAAAAUUACUGUAAAAAUGGCAUAAAUCAGUACUUAAUUGCUAGAAACAAUUCUUCAACUACUUUGAAAAAUGAUGACACAGAAAAACAAAGCAGUGAUAUAUAUGUUGGAAUAUACUCACAGGAAUCAUAAGAAUCAUGAACAAAUUAAUUUUUUUAUUUUAUUUUCUGUAGACAUAACAUUUAAACAUACAACAUAUACGUUUUGUACCUAAUUUAUUAUGUUUCUCCUUUUCAACAGGAAAAUUAUUAUAAAUUUGUAAAAUACCAGUACAUAAGGUGGUACCUAACACAACAGGGAGAUAACUCUGUAAAAUCAGCUAAACAUUUUAAUUAUGUUGCGUUGUUAAUGGAAUAUUAAGCUUCUCAAUGAUCAAACUGCUAUAUAACCAGUGUAUUUUUUCUGAUAAAAUGGUUGUUUCAAAUUUUUUGAAAAUUUUAUUUUUUUGUCAAAGGGGCAAAGUAAAUACUUUGUUAAAACUUUAUGAAAAUUAAACGAGCCAAGUUAAUUUUAGUGAAGGUGUUAGGUACCACCUUAAUUCAGAAUAUAUUUCUUCAUUACUAUGUAAAAAUGACACAUACAUUUUUAGUAACUUUAGAAAAAAAGGAUUAUCUUUUUGUAGAUGUUAUUUGUAUUGAUUGUACAUCUGUUUGUUGUUAUUAUUUUUUUAUUUUCUUCUGAAAAGUACAAUAUCAGGGACUAUUUGCUGUGCUGUUAAAGUUUAUCAUCUUUUGAUUUUAGUUUUGAAAUUAGUGAAAGUUACUUUUAUAAUAAGCUUGGUGAAUGAUGAACAUAUAUUUGUUAGUUUAUAAAGUCACGUUAGAAAGAUGGUUGUGGCCUUAUAACUUAUAUUAAAGUUUUACUAUAGAUGUUUCAAAAUUAUAAUUUGAUUAACCUAAUUUACUUGGCAUUAUUUUCUUUUUAUUUCUUUAAAAUUAAAGGAACCAAUGUCAGCUUGUUAUAACCAGAAGAGUGUCUCAGGAAAUUAAAGGAAACAAUUGGCAUAUUCAGCACUUUUUUUCUAUUUACACCCCACAUUUAACUCUGCAUCAUUUAAUCAUCACAUGUUAGUGUAGAAUUCAUCUUAUUUUGUCAGGAAAAAGAAUAAAAAUAUUAGAUCUCAAUUCAGAAUAUUUAUUUGAUAAUAUUAAACAAAAGACAUUGUUAAUUAACUUUCAAAGAAAAAAAAGUGACAUAGUACAUUCUAUAAGAAAAAAAAUUCCAAUGAAUUGUUGUA